AUGCCCCCCAAAAAACACGCCCGCACCGCCUCCCACGACGCCGACCCAGCCCUCUCCCACCCGUCCACCAAACGCGCCAAAGAAAUCGACGCCGAUCCACCUUACCACCGCCUUACAUCCCUUCUCGAAUCAACCGCCUCGUCCUCCAAAGAACCCAAGAAUGUCCUGCACUGGUUCCGCAGCAAAGACAUCCGGAUGCAGGAUAAUCGCGGGCUAUAUGCGGCGUCGAGGAAAGCGUUGGAGGGGAAGGGGAAGGGGAGUCUAUUGGGAUUGUAUGUGCAUUCGCCCAAAGAUCUGGAGUGGCAUGGGGCGAGCCCCGCGCGGGUGGAUUUUAUGCUGGAGAGUUUACGACUGUUGAAAGAGGAAUUGGAAAGUAAAAACAUCCCGCUCGCGAUCGUGACGGCGGAGGAGAGAAAGGAUGUGGUUCCCACCGUGCUGGAGUUCGUGAGGAAGUGGGAUGUCAGUCAUGUGUUUGCGGAUAUGGAGUAUGAAGUUGAUGAAUUGAGACGGGAUAUUUCUGUGGCGGAGAAGGCGAAGGAGGCGGGUUGGGGGUUUGAGGUACUGCAUGAUCAGACGGUUGUGCAGCCUGGGACGCUAAGGACGGGGAAUGGAGGGCCGCAUAAGGUGUUUACGCCGUAUCAUAAGGAUUGGUUGGGGGAGACGAGGGAGAAGUCUGAGUUGUUGGAGCUGGUGCCAGAGCCGGAGGGGAAUGGGGAGGAGGCGAGGGGGGAGUUUAAGGAGUUGUUUGGUGGUGAGAUACCCUCAUUACCAUCAAGCAAGACCUUCGCCUCCGACGAGGAACGUUCCCGCCUGAGGAAACUGUGGCCGGCGGGCCACGCAGCCGGCCUGCAACGAUGCGAGGACUUCCUCCAAAACAAAGUCUCCUCCUACGCAACGCACCGCUCCGAACCCGCCAAGGACAACUCCUCGCGCUUGUCGCCCUACUUCGCCACGGGCACGCUCUCCGUCCGCGAAGCACUCCACGCCGCGAGGAAACACAACGCCGGGAAACAUUUCCACGAGGGGGAUAAAGGGAUCGAUUCCUGGGUGCGGGAGAUUGUCUUUCGGGAGUUUUACAGACAUACGCUCGUCUCGCUGCCGCAUGAUAGUAUGAACUUGCCGCAUAACCUCAAAUUCGACUUUGUGGAAUGGGAGGAGGAUGAGGAGGGGUGGAGGAAGUGGUGUGAAGGACGGACCGGGGUGCCGUUUGUGGAUGCGGGCAUGAGGCAGUUGAAUUGCGAGAAGUGGAUGCAUAAUCGGUGUCGGAUGAAUGUUUCCAGUUAUCUGAGUGGGAACUUGUUGAUUGACUAUCGGAAGGGUGAAAGGUACUUCGCGGAAAACCUGAUCGACUUCGAUCUUUCGAACAACACACAAGGCUGGGAACCUAGCUAUACGAUUUUUAAUCCCGUCGUGCAGGCGGAGAAGUGCGAUAAGGAGGGGGAGUUUAUCCGGAAAUGGGUUCCUGAGUUGGCCGGGUUGAAGGGGAAGGAGGUUUUUGAUCCCUUUCAUCGGUUGGGGAGGGAAGAGUUUGAGGAGUUGGGGUAUCCGGAGCCGCAUGUGGAUUUUAGGGAGAGUAGUCUGAGGGCGAAGGAGAGGUAUAAGAGGGAUUUGGCGGAGGCGGAUCCUUGA